UGCGCGCCGGCCGCCUCGGCCCGAUCUGGGGCGCCACCUCGGGCGCCAGAUCCCGCCACCCCCGCGCCUAGCGGUUCCGGCGCCGGACGCCAACUUGGCGCCCCAGAAGCGGUCCCAGCGCGGUGGCGGUGGUGGUGGUGGCGCCGCCGCGGGGGACUCCGGGGACGCGGUCAUGGCGCGGUGGCUGCUGUCCAUGGGCUACAGGCCUACAGCACCUCGCGGCGUCCUCGGCCGCGGGUGGGGUCGGGGCAGGGGGCCUCCGCACGGCGGCCUCGCACAUCCUUCUCGACGAGAACCUCACGCCCAAGCUCUCCGACUUCGGCCUCGCGCAGCUCGGCCAGACGGGCGGUAACAUGCCGGUGGCCUCGUCCAUGAUGGGCUCCUUCGGCUGCUGCCCGUCGGAGUACGACCGGAGCGGGCAGGCCACCAUGAAGUCCGACGUGUACAGCUUCGGGGUGGUGCUCGUGCAGCUCAUCUCCGGGAGGAGGGCCGUCGACACCAGCAAGCCUGUGACCGAGCAGAACGUGGUCACCUGGGUAAGGGAACUAUACGCACUUCGAUCUCUUGGCAUGAUACAGAUUCUCUAUGAUGCGGUAGCAGUUACUGAAAUUUUAGUUAAGAGGGGUCAUGUAAAGAACAGGUUCCAAAUCACGAUCAACCUUGUUGAAUGUUUUGUUCGAUUAAAUUUCUACCGUUACUAGUAGCUUAGGGUCCUUCAAAACAGGUCGAUGACCCUGAUAGGAGUGACUUUGACGGGCUUCUAUCAGGGUCCAAUCAAAACUGGGAUACAAACCUUUCGUUCCAGUCUAAUAAAGUCCACACACGCACUUGGACUGAGUAUUUUUCCAAGUCCAAACAGGCUGCUGCUUUCUGAAAG